CAAAUGUACUAUGGCCUAUGGCUAUUGGUUGGUUUUGCUGUGUUUUUAAUGGUACGUGGCACGUGGUACUGGGGUACUGUACCGUACGUGUCAAAAAGAAAUAAAAUAUUAUUAAUAUUUUGUUAGUUAAAGCAGUUUAAAUAAGUAAAAUGAGAUAUUUGUGUUUAAUGUUAGCGUUGUUAUGCAUUAAUAUUAAAUUUGUACUGGGUCAAACCUUUGCCACAGAUCCUGAAAUUGAUUCAACUGAGUUGCGGUGUUUAGUUUGUGAAAAGAGUAUUUAUGAAUUAACGAAAAAAGUUAACAGAUUAGACCCUAAUAAAAAAGUGGAUGUUGGGGGAUACCGCCUUGAUGUCGAUGGAAAUUAUGGGCAUAAAUCUAUACCACAAACUCGAUCUGAGUUAGCUCUUUCUGAGUUAAUUGAGGGAGUUUGUACUGAAAUGGAUAACUACGUACGUGCAAAACGGAAAAGAGAUGGUAGCUUGACACUAUUAAACAUGCUCUCUGAGGAUGGUACUAUGAACCCAGAUUGGUCUGAAGUUGAUAUUAUCCAAGAUGGAGAUUUAAAUAAAAGUCUUAAAUAUUAUUGCGAAUCGAUUAUGGAAGAAUAUGAAGAUGAGAUUAUUAAGUUAUACCAAGAAGAUGAAACGGACGUAUCAGAUACGUUCUGUGUUAAACAAUCAAACAUAUGUCCCCAAAAAAAAAUUAAAUCGGAAUUGUGAUCUCAAUAUUUAAAGUACUGGCUGUUAAAAAUAUUCUUAAUAAAUGUUUUUUUAAUUA